ACUCCUGACGUGUAAAUCACUCUAAUAGCUUUUUUAAUUCAGUAAUUUCCUUUGAAAACGACAACUUUCUGAGGGAGGUGAUGUUUUUGUAUGAGAGGCGGGAAGUGGACAUUUCCGAGUGCGUAUCGACCUCUGGCAGUGGUGUUAGAUUGUAUUAGACGUGUUCUUCACUAAUAACACUUGAAAUAUAUGACCAUUCAGUCUUUUUCAUGUAAAGUACCAAAACAGUGGUUUGUUAUAUGAAUAUAGUUCCUUAUAAGAGUGCCAUGAGUUAUAGGUGUGACAGAAACGAGUAGAUAAGUGCGGUCAAGGUGUCGUCGGCACUGCAGCAUCCUCUCUGCGGCUGCUCGCUGCUGCUCAAAGUCCCGCAGACAAAGUCAUGGAGGGAGGGAAGUUGUGAGGCUGAGAAGUGGGUUUACAUACCCACGAAAAGGGCCAUUUAAAAACAAUGGCGGAUGCUAAUCCACUCAGGGGACUGCCCCGGAUCCAGAGGGCUGCGAUGUCCUUCCCUGGUAAUCUACAUUUAAUUCUGGUACUGAGACCUAAGUCCCUCCUCCAGACCACCGGAACAGACCUCGGUUUCCGCUUCAGUCAGGACGAUUUUGCAUUCAAGAUGCCAAUGGUAAUGCUGAGCUCGCUGACAGACAUACUUCGCUUCAUUGAUGAAAACCAACUGAGCACCGAGGCUGGUGGUACCCUGGAGCAAUGCCAUAGCGAAUGGAUAUUUCUGCAUACAGCUAUAGAGAGUUUUGCAGUUACAGUGAAGGAAAUAGCUCAGCUGCUGCAGACCUUUGGUACAGAGCUGUCUGAGAUCGAUCUGCCUGAUGAAGCCAGUGGCAUUGAGUAUCUCCUUAGAUCACACACUGAGAAAUACAGGCAGAUGAAGGAUGACAUCAAGUCAGUUAUGAGAGAGGGACGUCAGCUGCUCUCAAACCUUGAGUCCUCUAAGGCAGCAGAGGGUGCUGCAGCCGAAGACAGAGACAUCAGCCAAGACAAAGAAAGAGUGCAGAGGCUCUUGGUACAGCUAAGCGACAUGGAAAUGGCUUUUGAUGGCUUUUUUGAGAAGCACCACCUCAAGCUUCAACAAUACUUACAACUACUCCAAUACGAGCUGAGCUUCUAUGAGAUGGAGGCCAUUCUGGAGAAACUCAGGUCACAGGAGAAAGCCAUUGCAGCUGUGGGGACAACAGUCGCCCAGACGGAGCAGCUGCUCAAAGAUCUGGAGAUGCUGGAGACCACAGCAGAGGAUGAAAUGGGCCGUGCUCAGAUUAUUAUUCUGCAUGGGCAUCAGCUGGCAGCAAGUCAUCACUACGCUCUUGCUCUAAUAGUUCAGCGCUGUAACGAACUGCGGCAUCACUGUGACAUGCUCACAACAGCUCUGCGUGCCAAACGGACAGCUCUCAAAUGCAUACGAGACAUUCUGGUGCGGUUGGAGGAGACUGUGCGUUGGUGUGAUGAGGGGGCUUAUCUGCUGGCUAAUCAGCUGCUGGAUAAGUUUCAGUCCAAAGAGGGGGCGCAAGCAGCCCUGCAGGACAUUGAGGGACUGAUGGAGAUGGCGCCUCCAAUCCUGUGGUCAAGUCCUGACAUUCUCAGUCUGGAGUUUGAGGCCAUACUCACACCUCAGGUGCAGUCUCAGAUAGAAGCUGCCACAGAGAAGUUAUCCACAGUGCAGUUAAUGAUCCAGAGCAGACAGGCCUGUCUGAGGAAACUGGCUGAUACUCAGGUCAGACCCAUCCAACUGGUCGCUCCAAGGCCUGAGAAUUCACCACGCUGCAAAUCUCCUCUUUUCUCUCCCAAACACAGCUUUGACGUAAACUCGAGUUUGAGGUUUUCUUUUGAUCUUGCACUCCCUGGUAAAAGAGCAUCACGGAAAAGUACCAGCACUAAGAAGAUUGAAGUAAUGCACAACUAUGAGGAGAACCGCAGCUGCCUGUCCUUCGGCCCAGAGGAAGUUGAAAACCCAGACCAGCACAAACGCCGUGUAAUGAAGGAGCUGAUUGAGACAGAGAAAAUCUACAUAGAGGAGCUGCUGUCUGUUUUGCUGGGUUACAGGGCAGAGAUGGAUAACCCAUCUCUCUCUGUCAUACUGCCAUCUGUACUGCGAAACAAGAAAGAGGAUCUGUUCGGAAAUCUGCCGGAAAUCUAUAAAUUUCACAGCAGGAUAUUCCUACAGGACCUUGAGAGCUGCUUAGAAGCCACAGAUAGAGUAGGCGCACGUUUUCUGGCAAGGAAAGAACAUUUUCAGGUCUAUGAGCGCUACUGCCAGAACAAACCUCGCUCAGAUACUCUCUGGAGGCAGUGUUCUGAUUCUGCCUUCAUUCAGGAGUGCAAGAGAAAGCUGGAUCAUAAACUAGGCUUGGACUCAUAUUUGCUGAAACCUAUUCAGCGUCUGACCAAGUACCAGCUUCUUUUGAAGGAACUCCUAAAACACAGCUCAGGCUCGCAGUAUGCUUCUGAACUGCAGGUGGCACUAAAUGCCAUGCUGGACCUACUCAAGUCUGUCAAUGACUCAAUGCAUCAGAUUGCCAUCACUGGUUAUGAGGGUGAACUGAGUGACCUAGGACGUGUGCUGAUGCAGGGGUCUUUCAAUGUGUGGAUCAACCAUAGGAAAGGUCCUACACGUAUGAAGGAUAUGGCUCGCUUUAAACCCAUGCAAAGGCAUUUAUUUCUGCAUGAGAGAGCUCUGCUUUUCUGCAAGAAGCGAGAGGAGAAUGGAGAAGGACAUGAUCGGACAGCCUCUUACAGCUUCAAACACUGCCUCAUGAUGAGUGCUGUUGGCAUCACAGAAAACAUCAAAGGGGAUGUGAAGAAAUUUGAAAUCUGGUACAAUGGAAAAGAAGAGGUGUAUGUUGUUCAGGCUACAACUGUAGAGGUGAAAAUCACAUGGCUCACUGAGAUUAGAAAAAUCCUCAACAAUCAGCAGAAGAUUGUCAAAGGUGAUGCUCACCCGUGUCCAGAUGGAGAGCGGCCUUUAUCUCCACCCUUGAUGGACAGUGUGAGGCAUAUGUCCGUAUGCAUGCCCUGGAGUUCCACACAGAUCACUGGCUGCUCAGGUUGUUUUGAUGUCCUUCCUCACAGCAAGUUCCAGGGGGCGUCCGUCAGCUCAGAGGAGGCCGAUUCAGGCCGAGCAAGUCCGCUUCUGACAGACCCAAUCAUCAUUUCUCCACGUCCCCAGCACCACAACCACCGGAGCUGGCCAGACACAUCUCACUCAGUGGACAUCUGUGAAGGUUUGGAGGACUGGACCACUGACCUCUCAAUCAUCUCAGACUCUGAUGAAGACGAUGAUGUGCUGCUGGUUCCUGGAAGGUAUAGAGCAAUAGUGGACCACCUAAAGUGUGGCAAGGACGAUGUAAUCAUCAAAUGUGGUGAUGUCAUUCACGUGCUUCAGGAGAGUGCCAUGGGGCUUUGGCAUGUUAAGAAUUUGACUCGUGGAGGUGAAGGAAAACUCCCUGUUGAUACACUGUUGGGAAUGCUUGGCGAUGCAGGCAGAAGUACCUCCAUUAGGUCGGGAGGGGAGUUCAUGGUACGGGAAAUAUAAACAGCAGGAAGCCCAACAACACUUAAGUAGAUCAGCCACAUGUAUACAAAGCUCCCACCAUGUGACAACCCUAAAGGCCAUUACUGUCAUCCAACCACCUGACGCUUACACAAACAAACAUAAAGUCAGGAAAACAGAGCCGCCAAGUUAAAUUUCCAUCUGCCAUCGGGGGUGGAUUAUAUUGAAUUUAGAGAGCUUGUUUAAAAACAGAAGGGAUUCUUUUCUCACCUUGAAAGAUUCUUGGCCUGCAACAGUACAGUCUAGAAAUAAAGAACCUUAGUGAAGCACAGACUUGAGCACAAACUUUACAGUAAUACAGAUCCUCUAAAACCUUGGAAAGUACCAUCAUCAAACUGUGCUUUAUGGGGGUGUAAACUGACUGUGAACAUGGAGAACUAAUUUUCUCUCUCCUCAGAUGUGUACCGUGACUGGGCACUUGUUUUUAACAGCCAAUUUUUAUGCUGGACCGGAUUCCGGCUCUUUUUUGGAAGAAAGUAUAUACAUCAGUAAAUAAUCUAUGUGCCAAAACCUAACAUUCCAUUUUCAUAUUUUUCAGGUUGAUCCUAUAUCUUCUUUUUUUUCAUCUUGUUUUUAAUGUUUUUUACUUCAGCAGGACUAUUUCACUGCAAGAAAUAUAAUUGCAGAGAAAAUGUAAUGUGAAAACUUUCCAAAUGAAUGAAUAGAACUUUUAUGUUUCUCCAAACUCAUACUUGUCAGUCGUCCAUGAUUUUCGUUCUUUAAUCUUCUGUCAAAAUGACAGAUGAUGAUUAUUUGUAGCACAAUCUCUGACGUGUUCCUGCACGAGACACUGUAAAAGCAUCUAGACGUAGCGCAAAGUCCGUCUAGUGCAAGUUUACAUAGGAAAUCUAUUGAAAAACAGCAUGAGUAGACACACAAUGCUUUCGGUGUAAACAGCUGACAACCUCAAGCGGGCCACUGAAAAUGCUGCUUGCAUUCAGGCGGUCAGUGUGAAGUCUUAAGUCUUUAUAUUCAUUUUUACAUUGAGUCAGAUUAAACAUAGCUAUGCUGGAGCAAGUUUAGUUCUCAAAGUGUUUCUACGGAUCAAAGAAUCAGUGUUUAAGGUUGAGCUGAAAUUGAUAAGGUUCAUAAGCAAUUACAAAUCUUUUUUCAAUAUUUUGUUUAAAAAUCCAGUUUUUAACACAUCCAUCAAAUUUGGUUCAUGGUGCAUAUUGUAUGGCCCAAUAUAACCUUUUCCAUUACAUUGUUUUACUUCCUUAGCUGCCACCUCCUCUGAAACAUACUCACUCUGGCACUUAACUGUGUAAACCACUCAGACACCAUUGAGUUUGAUGUAAACAAUGUAAAAAACUAAAUCACUAGUUAAAAGGCUAUAAUUAAUAAAUAAAUAUAUUUGCAUGUCUAACUUGUUCCCAUUUUGUUAAAGGGUUAGUUCACCCUAAACUGAAAAUUCUUUCAUCAUUUACUCACCCUCAUACCAUCCCAGAUGUU